UCGAGGGUGGCGAUGGCUCGCUGGUGGGUCUGUGGACUCCUCUCGCUCCUGGUGGUGGCCGCGGCCGCGGCCGCUGCGGAGGGGAGGGCGGAGCCGCUGAUUCGGCUGCCGACGCAGGAUGAGCAUGGCGCUGCUCCCGCCCCUGCCCCGUCGGCGGAGGAAGGGGUCACCAGGUGGGCCGUGCUCGUUGCGGGCUCCUCCGGCUACGACAACUACCGUCACCAGGCCGAUGUGUGCCACGCCUACCAGAUUCUGAAGAAGGGAGGGCUGAAGGAGGAGAACAUCGUGGUGUUUAUGUACGACGACAUCGCCAAUAACCAUGAGAACCCAAGACGUGGAGUCAUCAUCAACCAUCCUAAAGGCAAAGAUGUUUACGCCGGUGUUCCCAAGGACUACACUGGUGACCAGGUCACUACUAACAAUUUCUUCGCGGUCCUCAUGGGCAACAAAACUGGGGUUACUGGAGGAAGUAGGAAAGUGAUAAACAGCAAACCGAAUGAUCACAUCUUCAUCUAUUACGCGGAUCAUGGGGGAGUUGGUUCUCUUGGUAUGCCCAACAAUCCAUUUCUUUAUGCUGGCGACUUCAUUAAGGUGUUACGAGAAAAGCAUGCUUCCAAGAGCUAUUCAAAAAUGAUCAUAUAUGUUGAAGCGUGUGAAAGCGGCAGUAUGUUUGAGGGUAUAAUGCCUCAAGAUCUCAAUAUUUAUGUUACAACAGCAGCAAACGCAGUCGAAAGUAGCUGGGGAACAUACUGCCCUGGGAUGAAUCCACCACCUCCUCAGGAAUACCUUACCUGUUUAGGUGACGUCUACAGUGUAUCCUGGAUGGAAGACAGUGAAAUUCACAAUCUAAAGAAAGAAGCGAUCAAAGAUCAGUACGAGACGGUUAAAAAGAGAACCUCAAGCUCAAAUAAUAACUUAACUGGUUCUCAUGUCAUGGAGUAUGGUGACAAGACAUUCAAAGACGAGAAGCUUUUCCUUUAUCAAGGCUUUGAUCCUGCAAAUGUCAACAACACAAACAGGCCGCCUUUGCCCAGCCUGGCGGGUGCAAUCAAUCAAAGGGAUGCAGACAUUCUUUUCAUGUGGAAGAAGUAUGAGCAGCUAGACAGGGGAUCGGAAGAGAAGCUGCGGGUUCUGAAGAAGAUCAAAGAAACCGUGGCACACAGGAAGCACCUCGACAACAGUAUCGAUUUCAUUGGGAAGCUUGUGUUUGGAUUUGAAAAUGGGCCUUCAGUGCUUCAGGCUCCUCGAAGCUCCGGCCAACCAGUAGUCGACGACUGGGAUUGUUUGAAGAGGAUGGUGCGCGUUUUCGAGUCCCACUGCGGAUCACUUACCCAGUAUGGCAUGAAACACAUGAGGGCGUUCGCAAACCUCUGCAACAACGGCGUCUCCGAGGCCGAGAUGAAGGAAGCAAGCGUCAGCGCUUGCGACGGGUACAGCUCGGCGAAGUGGAACCCGCUGGUUCUAGGCCACAGCGCCUGAUCCGCUCGCUGCAGUACACGGGAGCAACAGCGAAUGCUCCAGAGGUUCCUAGACCUCCUAGGUGUACAUACAUACCAUUAGUCCAUUAUACCAUAUGAUUGAUACAAGAAACCACCCAACAGUGCGUCGAUCUCUUGUAUAUGUGUUGGGUUAAUCAGUAGUUCAUGGUCUUGCCUGUGUAAAUCAAGUUUGACUGCAAUCAAUUGAAAGGCAAUGAUCAUGGGAAAAGUCUA